AAUCUGCAAAUUUUAGUGAAACAAUAAACAAAAAUGAAGUUUGAUUGGAUGCAGAUGUUACAAAAUUUCUAUUUAGGCGAAUUGCUUAUGAUGGGUACACAGCCUACGAGAUCACCAAGAACGCCCAGAAUGGUUACACAAAAUGGAUACCCCAUGGAACAACAUAGUGUUACCACCGACGACGGUUAUGUCCUUUCCAUGCACCGGCUGCCCAACCCCGACAGGAUAGGGGUUGUUUUUCUAAUGCAUUGCAUGUUUUGCAGCUCGGCCGAAUAUGUUUGUCUCGGGAGAGGAAAAGCAUUAGCUUAUUUAUUACACGAUGCUGGUUACGAUGUCUGGAUGGGCAAUGCCAGAGGAAAUACAUAUUCCAGGGGACAUAAGAAAAUGUUGCAUUACGUGGGGCACUCGCAGGGCACGACUGCAUUUUUCGUGAUGGCUUCACAGAAGCAAUCGUACAAUUCUAAAAUAGCCUCAAUGCAAGCGAUGGCCCCCAUAGCCUACAUGUCCCAUUGCAAGAGCCCCUUCGUCAGACUGGCGGUCAGCGUUUUACCAUUCUUACAAAACUUGGCUAAUAUUUUCGGAGUUCGCGAGUUCCUGUCGUCGAGCGAAUGGCUGACGGCGGCGUCUGGUUUACUGUGCAGAGACUCCGCCUGGACGCAGGCGGUCUGCACGGCCAUUUUGAAUUUCGUUGGAGGCUACAAUGCAGCCCAACUCAAUUCGAAUACUCCUGCUGGUGGUUCUGUGGAUUUACUUUUUCAUUAUGGUCAGCUGGUCAAUUCAGGCAAGUUCUGUCAAUUCGACUAUGGCGAAGAAAAAAAUUUAAAAGUAUAUAAAUCAAGGGAACCUCCAGAAUAUGAUUUGAGUAAAAUUACUGCUCCUGUGAUCCUCCAUUGGAGCAUGAAUGAUUGGCUAUCAGACCCAAAGGAUGUCGAUAUCCUGAUGACCAAAUUGGGCAACCUGGCAGGCACGUACCUGGUUGAGGAUGCGGAUUGGACGCACUUCGACUACACGUGGGGAAACGAUGCAGACAAAAUAGUCUACAAAAAUAUCAUGGACACCAUAGAAAGAUAUUCCACGAAACGAAAUAGAAUAAUGAGGCACAAAUAUUCGAAUGUAACGCUUACAUGACAAAUGUAAUUAUAAUCUUGAAUCGCAUCAUUUAGAACGAUUAAGUAGGAAAUAAUUCGACAACUACGCCACUGUGAUAUAUCAACAUUCGCCAAUUUGUCCUGCAGUCUUGUUUAUAAUGUUAAAUAUUAAAUAGUCAAUGAUCUCAAUAAGACACAAUUACUUAGUGGAUAACACUAGUAAGAUUUAGUAGAAAGUUUCAAUUUAAUAGAAUGUUUUCUUUUAUUGUACUUAAGAGAAGAGUGAAACAAUUUUUAUCAUUUGGCUGCUUUAAAGUACAAAACACACAC